AUGGUUCCUUCGGCAUUGUUUUCUUCUAACAACCGCCAAAUUGUCGACAAUGGCGGAGUUAGGGUUUUCUUGUUUGUUAAUGAAAAAACCGAAUAUCAUGUACUGCUUACUUACUUCACCUUUGUGUAUGGUAGUCCUAGAAGUGUGGAAAGAAGGAUUUUGUGGGAAAACCUGAAAGACAUUGGAGAAACUGUAAAUAAUGAUUGGGCUGUUUUAGGAGACUUUAAUAGUAUUUUAGAAGGUAAUGAGAAGCAGGGAGGUGGUGAUGUUUGCUGGAGCAGUGUUCAGGAGUUCUCUAAUUGCCUUAGUGGAUGUCACCUUUUGGAUAUAGGUUGUUCUGGCCCGAAAUUUUCCUGGAAGAGAGGCAAACUGCAAGAAAGAAUAGAUAGGCUGGUUGUUAAUGACUCGUGGCUUUUGAGUUAUCCCCACAGGUCCAUUUAUCAUUUGAGCUUUAAUAGGUCUGACCAUAGACCCUUGUUGCUUAAAGAUGAUUCAUGCACUGCUAUAUUUAAGGGACCUAAACCCUUUAGGUUCCUUGUUGCCUGGUUGACUGAUGAGAACUUUGGAGAGGUUGUUGAUGCUUGCUGGAAUCAGACCUCAGAUUGGGUUCAUGCUAAGGAUAAGUUCCAGAGGGAAGCUUCUCUUUGGCACUGUAAUGUCUUCAAAGAAUUGCAUAGAAGGAAACUGAAGAUACAAGGUAGGUUGAGGGGGUUGGAGGCUGAGAUGUGUAGGUAUCACAGUGAAGCAUUGGAAAGGUUACACAAAUCUCUUUGGUAG